CGAAAACCCUCGCGGCGAGGAGCGCUCUCCGUCCCACACACGCGCGCCGCAGCCUCCGCAGUCCGCACCUGCCUCCACGACUUGUCGUGCUCGUGCGCUACUCUCCUCGAGCGCGGCGCGGAGCACGGGGACAUCAAAUGGCGGCAGCGGCGGAGAUCGGUGGUUUCGCGGCGGCGAGAGUGGCGGUGGCGACGCUCAGGCCGGCUGCGCACCCAGCCCCGGCGGCGGCACCGCAGCAGCCUAGGAGGGCGGUGGCGGCGCAGUCGCUGCGGACGACCGCCACCGAGGCGCUGACGGCGGAUCUCGCCGGCACGACCAACGGCGCUGUGCAUGCUCGGAUGAAUAGUAAGGCUACAAGUGAAAUCACUUCACAGGCAGUUACUGCAAAUUCUAGGAGAAAGACAAAGAUAGUCUGCACCAUAGGUCCCUCAACCAACACUCGUGAGAUGAUUUGGAAGCUUGCAGAGACUGGAAUGAAUGUAGCACGCCUUAAUAUGUCCCAUGGUGACCACCAGUCGCACCAGAAGGUUAUUGAUUUGGUCAAGGAGUACAAUGCACAGAACACUGAUGGCAAUGUUAUUGCCAUUAUGCUGGACACAAAGGGUCCUGAAGUUAGAAGUGGGGAUGUUCCAGAGCCAAUCAUGCUCAAGGAAGGUCAAGAGUUCAACUUCACGAUUAAAAGAGGGGUGAGCACUGAAGACACUGUCAGCGUGAACUAUGAUGACUUCAUAAAUGAUGUUGAAGCUGGCGACAUACUAUUAGUGGAUGGAGGAAUGAUGUCGCUUGCUGUGAAGUCUAAAACAACCGAUACAGUCAAGUGUAAAGUAGUUGAUGGUGGGGAAUUGAAAUCACGGCGCCACCUAAAUGUCCGUGGAAAGAGUGCUACUUUGCCAUCUAUCACUGAGAAGGAUUGGGAAGACAUAAAAUUUGGUGUCGAAAACGGUGUUGAUUUCUAUGCAGUUUCCUUUGUGAAGGAUGCCAAAGUUAUCCAUGAAUUAAAAGACUACCUUAAAAGUGCUAAUGCCGAUAUACAUGUCAUUCCAAAAAUUGAAAGUGCAGAUUCAAUACCAAACCUGCAGUCCAUUAUUGCUGCUUCAGAUGGGGCAAUGGUGGCGCGUGGAGACCUUGGUGCUGAACUUCCGAUUGAGGAUGUUCCUUUGCUACAGGCAGAGAUUGUCCAAACAUGUCGAAGUAUGGAGAAACCAGUCAUUGUCGCUACAAAUAUGUUGGAAAGCAUGAUUGACCAUCCUACUCCCACUAGGGCAGAAGUUUCUGACAUAGCUAUUGCAGUUCGGGAAGGUGCUGAUGCCAUCAUGUUAUCUGGCGAAACUGCUCAUGGAAAGUAUCCACUAAAGGCAGUCAAGGUGAUGCACACUGUGGCACUCAGAACAGAAUCCAGCCUUUAUAACCCAACUACUUCUCCUAGUCUUGUUGCAUCUGCACAGGGUCUACAGAAUGAGGACUUCUCCCCAAGCCAGCUAAGUAAAAUGUUCGGAUCUCAUGCAACGAUGAUGGCCAACACCCUUCGCACACCAAUCAUUGUAUUUACACAGACAGGCUCCAUGGCUGUCCUCCUGAGCCAUUAUCGUCCCUCGUCUACACUAUUUGCAUUUACAAACGAGGAACGAGUGAAGCAACGGCUAGCACUCUACCAGGGCGUCAUCCCUAUUCACAUGCAGUUCUCUGACGACGCAGAAGAAACUUUCUCCAGAGCAAUUAGCAGCUUGCUGAAAGCACAAUAUGUGAAGAAGGGAGACUACGUCACUCUUGUUCAGAGCGGAGUGACUUCAAUCUGGAGAGAGGAAUCCACUCACCACAUCCAAGUGAGGAAAGUUCAGGUCUGAUGUGCCGGUGGGAAUUGGUCGUCUGAGAAAUUUUGAUAGCGCCGCCUGAUGUGUUAUCAUCAUUAUAUGUGUAAUUUUACUGUUUUACCAGGAGAUUGCUACGUCGAGUUAUAUGUUGUGUCGAAUUCACGUGUAGGCUCUGAAUCUUGACUGUGUCCGUUCAUUUUCGCUUGUUUCACACUGAAGUGUUAUAAGCUCAACUUUACUGCUUU